GAUCGGACAUUGAAGGAACCCAUCGGGAGCAAUCGAACCGCAACCAACCAUGAAGUCGUCUGCCCUGCUCGUUUGCGCCCUGCUAAUGGCCCUUGGCACGGUGAUUGCCGGUGCCGAAGACACUAGCCUCGAAAUCGCGGAACGUGACAAUAAGCUGAACAAAGCGGUGAUCGAGUUCUUGGAGAACCUCCAGAAAUCGAUGCCAUGUGGCAUCCCGGAUAUGGGCAUUCCGGUGCUUGCUCCGUUCGAGCUCGAUCACAUGGAGUUUGACGUCGUUCAGAAAGGACUUAAGUUUAAAACCGAGUUCAACGACAUGGUGGUCGACGGAUUGGAUGACUUCGAAAUCAGGAAGAUCGACGUGAAGGUGCUAAAGUUGCAGCUGGACUUUGAGUUUUUCUUCAACUCCAUUCGCACGAAGGGGAAGUACCAGGUUAAGGGAAAGACCCUCGGGUUCGUUCCAUUUCAACGAUCGGGACCGUUCAAGUUCAACGUCAACGGCAUCACCCUGAAGGGUACGGUAAAGGUGGCGCUCAAAGGGGACAGCCUCCAGAUCCGGGAUCUGCGCAUUACCACGACGAUCGAAUCGGUGAACUCAAAGCUGAAGAACGUGUUCCAUUCGCGACUCCUGACGCUCGCCUUCAACCGUAUGGUGGAGGGUGCUGUGCCGGGAAUCGUUAACGAUAACCAGGUGGCCAUCACCGAUACGAUCGAGAGCAGUGUCAAGCCAGCCCUGAACGAAGUGCUGAGUGAAAUAUCGCUGCAAGACCUGAUCGAUGCCGCGUCCGGCGAAGGAUCAUCUCUACCGGUUACCUGUUAGCAUCGCGCCAAACUGUGCCUCGAUCUGACCGCCAAAUAAUGCUGAAUCGUAUCGAUUACUCAUUGUUGGAAGACUUGAAACUGUUGGGGAAGUUCUUCAAUACAUAUUUGGUUUCAACCUG